GUUUCAGAUGUGCUAAAAGCACUGAGAAAAGUGAAAAUGCCCGCUGCUCAAGAAGUUCAAAUCAGUAUUGCAGAAGUCAUUGAGGUCCGCGGUUACGGGCUCAAUGCACCGGAGCUCUUAUCAGUUGCCGUAUCGGCUGCCGAUCGUCUACCACCAUGUCCAAAAGGAACCGUUUUCGAUACGGAAAACGUUUUUCUGAAUAGUAAAGGAGAGCUUGUGAUCAAAACAGUCGCCACAUCCCGUGUAGAUCGUUCCUUUGUCCCUCCUGAAUGGGCAAAAGGCGAAGAAGAUGCCCAAGCGGCUGCCGUGUACUGCCUCGGAGCUGUGCUCCGAGCUGCUGGAGCCGAAGAAGCCGCUGAUGUCGAUCUCUUCUCAUUGGUCAAUAUUUUGACUGUAGCGAUGACCGGCACAAGGCCGACGGCUCAUAGAAUGGGACAAAUGGCCAGGAACCAACUACGUGGCAGAGAUCCAGCUUCGAUGCUUAUGUGCAUUUAUGAAGAAUUAAUGGGUGAUGAGGACACGAAUCAGAUCGACGUGGAUAUUGACGACCUAGAUGACGAUUUUCUCUCCACAAACGGAAUGGAACGACACGGUUCAGAAUUACAAGGAGAAGUGGUUUUCACUACGACGAGUACUGCGAAUAACAAUGUGAAACGAGCCGUCGAAUAUUUCGAAGAUGAUAAUCAAGAUGAUGCACUAACAUCCACUUCAUCCGGCAACAGUACACAGAAGGAAUCGUCUCCGUUCACAGAUUUUGAUGAUGUUCCGCCGCCACCAGUGGCUCCAGAAACUCCGGCUCCAGCCCAAAACCGCCGAGAAUCUGCGUCCCCCGAACGUCAAUUCCUUGAUGAGAGUCACCUCGGCGGAAUUGGAUCUCCGUUAUCACAGAGUACAAGGCUCGAUGAGACGUUUAUUGAGGAAUACUCUAUUGAGUUGGACACCUCUGGGAAAAACAACAUUUCCUCCGCAGCUUCACCUGGUCCCAAGUCUCCAUUUGACGAUGAUUUUACUGAUACAGCUGCCCCGGUAGCCCCGCCACCAGCACCUACAAAAGCUGCCGAGGAAUAUCGCCGGCAACCACAUCAGAAUCCGUUUGAUGAGGAAGAGGAAGAAGAAUCACAGUUUGGAGGGGGAACUCUGUCCGGUAGAGACCCAUUUGAUGAAGAUUCUGGAAACUCUAACGAAAACCAGCUCCGCGAGAAGAAGCUCCACAAAAAAGAGCAACUAGCUCACCGGCUCUCCUCCUCUUCCGAAGAAAUUGUGGAAGCCUCAAUUCACGAGGAUGAGCCAAUUGUGAUGGCUCAAAUUCCAGAGGAGAAGCCCAAACCGAAGGCUAUCCCGGCUUUUGAUAACGCCUAUGACGCCGACUUUGACAAUUCCCCACCACUUCAUCAUUACUCGGCGGUUCAUUUGGAAACUGGGCUCUCACCGCUUGAGGAGGCUCAGAGAGCUCUCCGAGCCAACCGAGCAAGGCAUAAGCCGUCGAAUGUAUCGUUGGCAGAGGAGGCGAAGCUUGCUGCCAGACAGAGAUACUCGAAUGCAUCGGAUAUUAGAAGAGAAGAGGAGGAAGAAGUGGUGGAAGAAGAUCCAGCAGUGGUAGUUCCAGUUCUACGGAAGGAUCUGGAAGUUGAGGAGGCUCCGAAAUCGGUACGACCGCCUAGAUAUCGGAAGUCAAGGGAAAUUGAGGAACCGGUGGUUGUUGAUCGGUUUGUUGAGGAAGAAGUUGAUGAGAAGGAGGAUAUUGAUGCGAUUUUUGAGAAAUAUCGAAAGACGUCUGUAUCCGCCGAUCCAAAAUCUCACACGCCGAUUUUGAUGGCCGACGAGUACAAAGAACCACAGAAGCAAGUGCCUGCACCAGUUGUCGUUGCUCAGGAGUCGCCGAUCUUAAAACGAAGAAACUCUCUAGUACCAUCAAGGAUCAGUGGAAGGCAGUCGACGCGGCGAAGUGUCACCAGUGUUCGGAGUAUGAGAGGAAAACGGAAGACCCGUGCGAUUCCCGAGUUCUUCGACCUAACCCGACAUCAGAACAUUCGGCUCCGUGCUCCAGCUACGAAAAAGAAACGCAUAAGCCUACACCGCGUCGAGGACACCGAAGUCGUCGUCGAGCUCCUGAACGGCCAAAAAGUUGAAGUGGCAUGCCGAAGUGACGUCAUCUCGCGUGACGUGUUCUCUCUUAUCGUCCAGAACAUGAAUAUCAAUGAGCACGUGUUCUUCGGGCUCUCGUUCCUUCGUGAUGGCGAGCACUACUUUAUAGAGGAUCAUCAACGGCUCGAAAAGUUUGCACCGUCCGGAUGGAAAAGUGUGGCACGCGUGGGCGUUAAGGUGCCAUACGUGUUGCACUUACGAUUCAAAUUUUAUCCGCAGAUUUUGGAUUUCAUCAAAACAGACGUAACGAUGAACGAGUUGUAUCUACAAUGUAGACGAGACGUACUCGAAGAGAGAAUCCAACCCAAAAGAGACGCAGCAUUCGAACUCGCCGCGCUCGCCCUCCAAGCCGAAUUUGGAAAUCGACCGCCACCGGUGAUCACCGAUUAUUUCGAUAUUCAACACUACCUGCCCAAGAAGUAUAGCUCAUUUGAAGAUCAGUCACGGCUGAAGAACAUUCUCGCCGAGCUGCACGGGCAUUACGCGGGCACCCGGAUUUCUGAGGCCAAGCACAAAUACAUUCAAAUCUGUCAGCGACACCCAGAUUUUGGAGCGCAUGUGCAUCGUGUGUUCCGAACGAAGCCAACAUCAGCUCACGGAGCAUCUCCGUUCGAUCCUGAUACUGGGUCAUCGCUUUGGAUUGGAAUUAUGCCACGUGGAAUAUCGAUUUAUGAGCAGCAGAAUCAUCACAUCCCAAAUAAGUAUAUGAGUAUUGCGAGACAGGGAGGAGCCCGUGAGGUGAUUGCCGAGCAUGUUUGGCCGCAGACGCAGACCCUGCAAUUCGAUAAGAAGCGAUUUGUGAUUGUUGCCGUUGGAGCUCACGAUGAGCAAAUUGAGAGCACAUUUUAUACGGAUCAUCACUCGAAAUCCUCCUAUUUCGUGCGAUUCGCCGCCUCCCAACAUCGUUGGAUGAUGAAGAUGCGUCAGUGGAAGAGCACGCUCCGGCACGAGAAUACGAUUCAGGCGAUGCCAGACGUGAUUGUUGAAGGGCAGACUAUCCCGCCGGCGCCUAUACGGCAAGGUCUCGAAGAAUCACCUCCAUCAACUCCACUGCUCGCCUCUGCCGAUCAGAUCUUUGCGAAAAUGUCAGUGAGCCAGGAAAAACCGGCGGCCAACCGACCCGCCGAACUGCCACCACCGGCACCGUCGUCGAAAUUCGCGGCUCAAUAUGAUACGGUUGAUGAAGGAAUUGUUUGUGAUUCCCAAGCUGAAAACUUUGAGCGCGUCGACUCGACUGACAACGGGAACGUGACGCCACGUGGCAUGCAAUUUGACAUUUUGCUCGUGAAAGACCCCGCCAACGGUCUGGGUCUUACCCUAGUCGACGGGAAUCUCAACGGAGUUCCAGGAGUGUAUGUGAAGCUUGUCGCCGACAAUGGAGCCGGAAUGAAAGCGGGAGUUUGCGUCGGCGACCGGAUUGUCCAGGUGGGAACGGAAUCCAUGGAAGGACACGACCGGCUGCAUGCGGUCGAGCUUGUCAGGCGGUGUGGACAACGGGUUCCGAUGGUCAUUGCGCGACUCGACGGGCUGAUUCGACAUCAGAAGGAUGUAUCCGCAGAAAUGCUAGCCUCUGCCGGCCGUAAAAAGUCAUUCACCUCAUCAUCCGGCGAUCUUCUCAAUGCUCCAAACCGCACUAAUGGACAAUCCCGAACACCACCUGCUCCACGAAAAGCCGCCAAUCGUCGACAACGGGCGGUCAGUGAUUUCGGAGCAAUCGGAGAUGCUCUGCCGACUCUUGACGGCGAUAAUCUCAUCAAUAUCAAGGCGAUCUCGGGGCUUCAUUUGGAUGAAUCUGAUGAGGAAAAGGGUGAAUAUCGGCUGCCGACGACGUCGAUGUACGCUUUUGAUAGGGAUGAUGAUUUGCAGGCGUCUAUUAAGGAAUCCAAAAAACCGGCACCUGAGCCAAAAUCUGGUGAACUCCGAAAAUACCGUUACGCGCGCCGCUCGAACCUGGAGAUUGCUGAAGAGAUUGAAGAAGAAGCUGUCGAGUCAUCCGAUGAUGAUGGACAGAUUGACGAAGGAAAGCGGGUUAUUGAUGUGGAACUCGAUAGAAACGAAAAUGGCUCACUUGGAGUUCAAAUCGCAUCCCUGAGUGGCCGAGUAUGCAUCAAACAGCUUACAUCGGAGCCAGCAAUCUCUCAUCCUGAUAUCCGUGUGGGUGAUGUGUUGCUCUAUGUGAAUGGAAUCGCAGUCGAAGGAAAAGUACAUCAGGAGGUGGUGGCGAUGCUCCGUGGUGGUGGAGAUCGAGUGGUUCUUGGAGUUCAAAGGCCCCCUCCGGCAUACUCGGAUCAGCAUCAUGCGAGUUCGACAUCUGCUUCGGCUCCGCUGAUAUCGGUUAUGCUUCUGAAGAAGCCGAUGGCAACACUAGGCCUCUCCCUUGCCAAACGUACAAUGAGUGACGGAAUCUUCAUUCGAAACAUUGCUCAAGACUCGGCGGCCUCCUCUGAAGGUACUCUCCGAGUUGGUGAUCGUCUUGUGUCCCUUGACGGAGAACCUGUGGACGGAUUCACACCAGCGACUAUUUUGGAAAAGCUGAAGCUGGUACAGGGUCCCGUACAGAUUACAGUAACCCGAGAGCAGACGGCAUAAAUUUCCCGUUUUUGUGGAAUUUUCAAAUUUGUAUUUUAUUUCUAGCUAUGAUUAUACUAACGUUAUAUUCAAUUUAAUAAUAUUACUAAGUUUUUUUUCAAAAAAAAACCCCAUCCUCCCAACUCUUCGUGUCAAUACCGUUGCCUUAUUCUCUUCAAAUUUCUAAUUUGUAACAAUUUUCACACACACACUUAUACAAAAAUUACGGAAAACUCUCUUGAAACAACGCUCAAUUUCUCCUUUUUUUGAAUUUUUUAUCCAAAUUUUAAAUUUCUAUUCCUUUUCAACUAUUGAUGACAUUUCUCCCCUUUUUCACACUCAUCGGUGCUCUUUUCUUUUUUGGUUUCCCUUUUUUUCUUGUUGAUAUAUACAAUAUUACUGUGAUAGAAGCACUGAAAAUUCUCUUUCAUAAAAAAAUUAUGUAAUGCGUUGUUGUUUGCGACAGACUUUUAUUUAUAUAUGACAUUAUAAUAAAAUUUUGAUUAAUAU